GGGCUGUGAUUUCAUUCCCAGUCCCUCUUCCCCCCCUCCCCCCCCACCCUUCCUUCCAAGGAAACCAUCUCCACGGCAACCUCAAACCUCCAGGCUCUGCCUCGGAGCUGCUCACCCAUCCCUGGGACCCGGCGGGGCAGGAUGAAGCCGCUGGGCGCCGUGCUGCUGGCUGCCGGCCUGCUGGGCAUGGCUGCCCUUGGGGAACAGCCCCCCCGGCCGGAGGAGCCAUCACGGACCUGCUUCUUCCAGAUGCUCGACAGCAUGGACAGGGACUUCUGCAGAGGGGAUUUGGAAGUUAUCUACCCGGAGGUGGGCGACGUGGGCUGCAUGUACGUCCCCAAGUGCCACCAGUACCGCCGGCGGAUCAGCAGGGAGUGGGGCAGCCCCCGCGUUCGGUACCCCCAGGCCGAGAAGAGCAAGAAGUACGUGCUGGUGCUGGUGGACCCCGACGCUCCCAGCAGAGCCAACCCCCGGAGCCGUUUCUGGAGGCACUGGCUGGUCACCGACAUCCCAGGUGCGGAUCUGAGGACUGGGGACAUCAAAGGGCGCGUGCUGACGGAUUACGUCCGGCCCACGCCUCCGCCCCGCAGCGGGUACCACCGCUACCAGCUCCGCCUGUACGAGCAGCCGGCCCAGGUGGCCAUCGCCCUCAGCCCCCAGGAGUGGGUCUCGCUGGGUGCCUGGGCGAUGGAGAGCUUCGUGAAGCAGUUUCGGUUGGGCUCCCCGGUGGCUUCAACCCAGUUCCUCACCAAAUACUACGAGGAUUAGCGCCGGCCAUCGCGUCGUUCCCCCGCGCAGCUGCACCCCCGCACCCUACAGCCGCCUCCGCCCGGACCGCGAGGAGACCCCACCACCCACCAAGGACGCCCCCUCCUUCUACCAGCCCGGCUUCAAAGCAGAACCCCAUCCCCUCCACUUCCAAAACCUUGGGUGGGGGGUUCCUUUUCCCCUCCCGGCAGUGUCCCAGCUCACCCUGGGUGUCCCAGGAAGGGUGGCAUCACCCUUUUUCCCUCCCCUCGCCCCAUUUCUAGCCUGACCCCCAGCAUGUCCCGCCUGCACCUUCGAGGGUCUCGAGCUUUAACGCUUGCAGUUUCAGAAUAAAAGAUGGACGGAGCGCGUGACGUGA